CCCUGCCUUCCCGUCGCCAGCUGGGAGGUUUCAGGAUUCGGGAAGUGCUACCCACAUAGGAUGGGCCAGGGCUCCCAGACCAAGUCUUAAAAACUGAGGGGCCUUUUCUGUUCACAGCGCGUUUCUCUGUCCUGGAGGCCGCCAGCUGCCCCCCCGGCUGCUCACAACAGUACUGUGUAAACCAGCAGGGUUCUGGGAGCACAGGGGCGCCAGGCCAGCCCCCCUCCCCAGGGUCGGGUGGGGCUUCCCCACGCGUGCCCUCCUGGCCCCCAGUCACCUCCCAGGAGAGGCAGGCUCCCUGGGAAGGCAGGGCCCAGCAGGGCUCGUCGGCAGGGACAUUUUAAUGUUGACCUAAUGACCGACUCUCUACGUGGCUUCACGGCUGCGUCCCCGGGGGCCCCACCACAUGGGCUGCAGAGCCACGGGCACGCCCCUGGGUGUGACUGUCGCCAGGCUGGGGCUCUGGAGUCUGCCUCUAGGCCACAGCCCAGAGCACGAACCCAGCUCUGGCUAGCCCCUGCCACCCCCCUGCUACCCUGCUAGCGAGGUGUGUGCUGGGGGGCUGCAGGAGGGCCGCCCCUCCUCCAGUGGUCACAGCCCAGGUCGAGCCCUCCCGGCCGCACCAGCUCCAGGCCCUCAAGCCAAACAGCCAGGAAAAGCAGACAUGCUUCUAGAAAAAGCAGUCACCUCAGACGGGACGUGCCAUGUUUCCCGGUACCGUUUGCAUUUUGCGUAACUUGGCUAAGCAAACUUUCAAAGUUCCAGUACGAGAGCUCCCAAGGUCACUGGCUGGGCAGUUGCGUAAACAGGAGAUCUGCACGUUUGCAAAAAUCAAUGCGAACGGGCUUCCCAGAAACGGUCAAGCCAGAGGGUCUGUUUCUGCGCGUCCCGCCUUGACCUCCUCAAAGGGAACCGUCCCGCAGAGAAGGCCUCGGACGGCCAGGCCCUGCGUGCUGGGGACGGGGGUCUCUGUCCAGAGCAAACCUGGAUGGGCUGUCAGCCCACAGGUUGCCUGGGGUCCGGAGAGAUCUCUGGGGGAGCCCUCCUUCCCACCAGGCUGGCAUCUCUCACCAGCGGGGCCGAGCCCACAGGUCAGAGAGCAAGGGCAGCUGGGCACCUGGGAGUGGAGGGCAGAGGGGUCCCCACCGCCCGAGGCGCUGAACCUUCCCCUUUGGGAAACAGAGCUGGACUCAGUGAGGUUCCAGAGGGAAUUUGGGCAGCGUGGUAGGGAGGCCUGUUGUCUUGUUCGCACAAUGCUGGUUCCGGGCCCUGGGACCAUGUGCCUCAAAGCUCGUCUCCAGGUGGACCUGAACCAGGCCUGUGCCCUAUGGGCACAGUCGGUCCCGCUCCACUGCAUGUCCCCUAGAAAGUCUCCUCCGGGGACAGACGUGAGCAGGGAGCCGACCGUGAGGAACCACGGGGGGCGGUGGUGGUCAGGGUCUGACUGUCCCUCCCGAGAGUGAGGGACUGCGCAUCGGCACCCGCGGUCCCUGAGGGGCAGGGUGAAGACACGCCUGGGACAGAGCCGCGUUUGGAGCGGGGAGGGCAGAGCGGCUGUAUGGUGGCCGGGUGGCAGGGGGAGGGGGCGGGCUUAGAGAGCCGGAGACCUGCAGACACAGGGUCCCUGGAGGCCUCCGCCCGCUGCAGGUGCAGCCCCCGGCCCUUGGGGCUGGAGGGUGAUGUUUCCAUUCUAGAAUGAUCCUCACUACAGCCACCAUGAGACCCUGAUGGAGGUACCAGAGCCCUGGGGAAAGUCAUCCCGAGCAUCGAACUUGAAUUACAAACAGGACGGGGUAGCUCAGCAUCAGGAGAGCCCGGGGCGCAUCACCGAGUGGGGGUGUGUCCUCACCGACGAUGCGGACGGGAAGCAGGGCUCCUGACAAGAACGGGGUUCAGCCCUGGUCGCCAAGGUGCCCACGUCAGAAAGAACAAAACAGCUGGGAAAAACACACUACACGAGCCUCCGAAGGAAACCAAGAGGAUGCGGGGGGAGAGGGCACCGUGCGGGUGCUCCGUCAGGGGCCCCUUAACAGGAGGGAAGCCCGGUGUGCGGGCUGCCGGCGGAGGGAGGGAGAGAGACAGACAGAGACACAGAGCCAGAGACAGAGAGUCAGAGACUGAGAGGGACAGAGGCAGAGCGCCCCCGGGGGGCCCCGUGCUGACCCGCUCGGUGAGGGGGGAUGAGUUUGCUGUCCUCUCAGACGGAGGUCAGAGUAUCUACCCCCUCGUGGCGCUGAGCGAGGCUCUUCCCGAGCGCCCCCCAGGCCCGCUUCCCCGUGGCACUUGGUGCCCCAGGAGAGCUGGUCUCACCGGGAGGUGCUGGGCUCCCCAGCCCUUCACAGGAGCCCCGCUGGCCCGGCCUGGUGGGCGCCCGCCCUCGAGGGUCUGCCUUAACCCCCACCCCGCCCCGGGCAGGGGGUCGCUGCCCGGCUCUGUUCGGGUUACCCCCCCACAGGGAGCCUCUGUGACCGGCUUGUCCAAGGCGGCCCACCGCGCUGUGCCGCCUUAUCUGCUCGGCUUUCCGGGUCGGCGAAACGUGCCACUGUGUCUCCCCGUCCCCGCGGCCCAGGCCCGGUUCCCGACCCCCGACCUCCGACCUCCGACCUCCUCCCGAGGAGCCGCCCCAGCUCCGUCCCGGCCGGCCUCGGCCUUUCAUUUCUCUGUCUUGCCCUCUCUUCGCCUUAAACGGAAAAAGACAGGUCUGAAGCCUCUAGGACACCGAAUUGCCCGCUGGCCUCCGCGGGCGGCCUUUCUCUGCGGGGCUGCUUUCCCGUCCGCACCCGCUCCGAGCCGAGCCGGGCGGGGCUCCGGCCGCGGGCUGAGCAUGGCCGGCCGCGGGCCGCCGCUCGCCCUCCUCGCCCUCCUCGCCCUCCUCGCGCCGCGCGGCGCCCAGCCCGCAGUGUUUCUUCCCACCUCAAAGGCAAAUGAAAUUCUGGUGAGACGGAAACGAGCCAGCUCCUACCUUUUGGAAGAGCUCUUUGAGGGAAAUUUAGAAAAGGAAUGUUAUGAAGAAAUCUGUGUCUAUGAGGAAGCACGAGAAGUAUUUGAAAAUGACGCAUCCACUGAUGAAUUUUGGAAGACGUAUCUGGGCGGCUCCCCGUGCGUCUCCCGGCCCUGCCUCAACAAUGGGUCCUGCCAGGACAGCAUCCGCGGCUACACCUGCACCUGCGCCCCGGGCUACGACGGCCGGGACUGCGCCUUCGCUAAAAAUGAAUGUCACCCUUUGAGGACGGAUGGGUGUCAGCACUCCUGCCACCCGGGGCCGGGGUCUUACACGUGCAGCUGUGCGAAGGGGCAUAAGCUGGGCCAGGACCACAAAUCCUGCAUCCCCCACGACAGGUGUGCGUGCGGAGCCCUCAUCUCUGAGGGCCUCCUGACGUCACAGGGAUGCGAGCAGGACCCUCCGACUUUCCCGUGGCAGGUAAAACUAACAAAUUCUGAAGGAGAAGACUUCUGUGGAGGUGUUUUAAUACAGGACAAUUUUGUACUGACAACAGCAAAAUGUUCACUCUUGCACAGAAACAUUAGUGUGAAAACAAGUUCCCGCUGCCGGGCGCGCGAGGCCCCGCCGGCGGUGGAGGUGAAGGGCGUCCACGUGCACACGAGAUUCGAGGCGGACACGGCGGACAAUGACGUGGCCCUGUUGGAGCUGGCGCGGCCCGUGCGCUGCCCCGACGCCGGGCGGCCCGUCUGCACUGCCGAGGCCGACUUCGCCGAGCGCGUCCUCCUCCCGCGGCCGGGCGUGCUGGGCGGCUGGACCCUCCGUGGCCCCGAGCUGGAGCCCGCGCGGCUGCUGGUCACGCACGUGGACCCCGGGGAGUGCGGCCGGGCCCUCAACACCACGGUGACCACGCGGACGGUCUGCGAGCGGGGCGCGGCGGCCGGGUCCGCGCGGUGGGCGGCGGGCGGCGCGGUGGCCCGGGAGCACCGCGGCGCCUGGUUCCUCACCGGCCUCUUGAGCGCCGCGCCCCGCGAGGGCCCCGGGCCGCUCCUGCUCAUCAAGGUCCCCCGAUACGCGCUCUGGCUCCGGCGAGUCACGCAGCAGCCGAGCUCCGCCAGCCGGAGAGGCGACCACGGUCACAGAGGCGACGAGGAGCCGGUCCUGGGGUGACAGAGCCCUCAGCCCCUCCCCCAGGACCCCUCGUCCGAGCAGAACCCCGGGGAGGAGGGGGGAGGGCGCGCGUCCAGCAAUAAAAGCAGAGCUGCCGGCA